AGAAAAAUUAAAAAAAAAUUAUAAUUCAUCCAAAAAAAGAAAAAAGAAAAAAACCAAGAAAUAUUAAACAAAAUCCAAAGUACAAAUCAUUCCGGGAAGAUCAGCCAGGAAAGGAGGAGGAGAAGAAGAAGAAGAUGAAGCAGCCCAACCGGGCAACUGGGCAAGUCGCAGUGAACGGAACGAAGCUCUGGGAGGCUGAAAUCGGAGGGGAAGACAGCAGGGGAUUGACGGAGUGAAGCCCUAAUUUUGUGGCUGAACCUCGGCGGCACUGCUCUGCGCCGACUCUCAGCUCAACGUCUCUCGAAUCUGGUACCCAUUCCUCCCCCCCUUUGUGUAAAAGCUCCAUUCUUUUGUGGGUUUGGGUCGUCAGCUUCGGAGUCAAAGUCCUAAUUGAGUAGGCCGUGUCAUACGCUUGGAUUGGAUGUAAGUAGGAUCGAAAGAAGAAAAGGGAAGGUUUUAUCAGAGUAUUCAGUUCAUUUGAUCGGUGCUAGGGUUUCAUUCUGAAGCAUCUGUUUCUCGGGGCGGCUUUUAAGCUAUGGCAUUUGAUAAUAACUCUUCGGCGCCAGCAGAGUUAAGACCAAUAAACGUGGCCCGGACCUUGGUUGAGGAUCCCCGCAUUGUGCCUGCCCCUGCCGCCACCACCACUGGUCGGCCUGCUGGGGAAGGGUUUUACACGAACUCGCCCCAUGAGACCGGGAACAGCCCGCAUUCGAUGCCUGUGUAUUACCCCACACCUGGGAUUCCAGAUGCCGCAGGUUUUGGUGGCCUAGGGCUCGGGAAUGCUGUCCCUGCAACAUGGUACCCGCCUCGUGGGGCGGUGGGGCCAGCCGGGCACAUGAGUGUGAAUCCUGCUCUUGGGCUCGGGUAUAGCCCGCAUUUGUUGACUGGGAUUAGUGGAACUGCUCUUGAUCAGGUGGGGAAUAGUGAUGUAGCAACAAAUUUCAGUGUCUGCCCUAAUUUAGGGACUAGGAUUGUUGGGAAUCUUGCUAAUCAGGCAGGUGGUGAGUCUGCUGGAAGCUUUGUUGGAGUUAGUCCACAUUAUGUUCCUAGGGUUGGUGUUGGCGGCGUCGAUCAGGCAGUUGGUGCAAAUGUGGGGGGCACUGGUUUUAGUGGUAACUCAGCGACCAGGGUUAGUGGGAGUGGACCAGAAAACGUGGGUGGUGAUUCGGGAUCUGAAACUGGGAUCAGGUCCGACUCUUUCAAGCGAGGGAGCGGAAGUGGAGCUGAUCGCGCGAGUGAAGAUGGAGGGGAGGACUCAGUCUCGGGUAAGAAAGUCAAGUUCCUCUGUAGCUUCGGGGGAAAGAUCUUGCCUAGACCAAGUGAUGGAGUGCUGAGAUAUGUGGGCGGACAGACGAGGAUUAUUAGCGUCAGGAAAGAUGUUAGCUUCAAUGAACUUAUGCAGAAGAUGGUGGAAACCUAUGGACAGCCUGUUGUGAUCAAGUACCAGCUUCCUGAUGAAGACCUUGAUGCCCUUGUGUCUGUCUCGUGCCCUGACGAUCUCGAUAACAUGAUGGAUGAGUAUGAAAAGCUGGUUGAAAGGUCCUCAGAUGGGUCAGCCAAGCUAAGGGUAUUCCUCUUCUCGGCCUCUGAGCUUGACACUUCAGGCCUGAGCCAAUAUAGGGAUUUGCAUGAUAGUGGACAACGGUACAUGGAAGCCGUCAAUGGUAUUAUGGAUGGGAUCGGUGUUGGAUUUACAAGGAAAGAGAGCAUAGCAAGCGCAACAUCUACACAAAAUUCUGAUAUUAGUGGCAGUAACGAAGUUGUUGACAGCUCCAUUCUGGGCCAAGGAGAAUUUACUAGGCCACCAUCAACGAACAAUGUCUCACUCUCACCUAAAGAGGCUCCAUCUGUCUCCAAGGACGCUUCGACGAUGUUCUUCGUGGAGCCAAAUCCUUCGUCUUAUUCUGAUUCUUCAGCUGUUAGUAAUUUCAGGAUUCCAGCGGUUCAGUCUAGUGCUCCACAAUUCCAGUCUCCCCACGGGGAGGUUGAGCCCGAAAAACCUGUGCCACUUUCAGGGCCACAGGCAGUGCCUUAUGGUAUGCAGGCUUACAUGGACCCUACCAAGGAAAGUAUACCCCGUGCAGUUGUCAUGCCACCACCUCCUCUAAUGGGUUUCCCUAGUUCACAUUUCUUGGGCACUACGGGGCCCAUUUAUGCCCCACAGCAGCUUCCUGAUGGCUCGGGCAUCAGCAACCGACAUCAGUAUGUCUCUCCUGUCCACAUGACAUUGGGCCCCGCAACUUCCCACGCCAGCAUGAGGCAACCUUUUAUUCAGCAGCCUCUCAUUCACCAACCUCAGCAAGCUCAGUUUGAGCAAGAUGGAUCGUCUUCUGGGCAUAGGAUCGUUCUUCUUCCAGUGGACUCAACCCACAGUACUUAUCACCAUCAAGUGGCAGUUCCACCUACAGUUGGAGGAGGAGCAUAUGGGUGGCAUCCCGUUUUUCCUCCGGGACAAGUGGCCGUCUCAGAUGGGUCAUCACCUAAUAGCCAACCAGAGAAGUUGCAGAUAUUUGAGGACUGUUAUAUGUGUCAAAAAGCGUUACCUCAUGCUCAUUCCGAUACUUUAAUUCAGGAGCAAAGAGAUAAUAGGACUGGUUCUGGAGCUGGUCCCAGUCCUACAGUUUAUCAUAGUCUUCCCGUGGAGGAUAACAUCAGAUCUCGACUUGCGAGCAAGCCAGUGGUAAGUGAAGGUUCAGGGGAAGGAAUUACUGAAUUAGCAAGUGGGAUUCAAUCACCUGCCCAUAUGGAAGUUCCUCACCAGGGUUGUAUGUUUGUGGGGUCCACACCUCAGCCUUGUCUGGAUAAUGGGCUCCCACAGCAUGUUGUAAAUAAGCCUAUGAAUGUUGAAACUAAUCCUGUUGGAAUCACGUCUGUUGAGGGUUCAGAACAACAGUUUCAGGGAUUACCAGCAGAGUACUCCAAACUCCUUGAUGCAAGGAUAGAAAAUUUACAGAUGAGUGCCCCUGAGAUGCUUCACAGCAACGAUCGAAGUAAUCAGUCACUAAUCAAUGACCUUUGGAUGGCUGAGAGCUUAAAGCCGACGCAGAAUCAGCAGCAGCACAAUCCACUGCAGGAGAUGCUUCUUAACGCCAGCGAGGUUCCUUAUCUGCCUGAAUUUCAAACUGGAGUGUCCAAUCAGACUUCUCAACCUUCUGAGCUAGGCAUUCCGCGGUCACACUCCCAGUCAAAGAUGGGAAUCCAAUUGGAUUCUCAAGGUGUUUAUAAUGGCAACCCUGCACUUACAAGUGAAAGAAUUCCAUCUUCUGCUGCCUGGAUGGAUGUGAAGUCUCUUUUCCAGCAUAUGCAUGUGCCUUCUGAUGCCCAAGCUGUGCCCUUGCAUGGAAACAGACAGUCUUUCGCACCGCCACUAAGCAGGACUGAAGAUCAAGACUCCUCGCUCUUCGUAAACCAGGAUCCUUUCAACAUGCAUAGUGAUGCUCAUUUCCCUCCUCCAAAACCUGUCAAAAUUGCUCUGAGAAAGGAUGCAUUAGGAAAUAGGGAUCCUUUUGUCGAUAAUUCAUCAGGAAAGGUUGGAGAAUUUGAUAGAGACACUCUGCAUUCGGCGAACAAUCUUAAUGUGGAGCAAGUUCAAACAUCAAGAGAAGAACGAAUUAAGCAAGACCUUCAGGAUGUGGCUGAAGGCGUAGUUGCCUCUGUUCUCCAGUCAGCUUCCUCUUCUGAGCUCGGUCUUUCGGUUUCUGAUGGGAAGCAGGGUGCUUUUGAAAAAAUGCCUGAGGAAGAAGUUAGAGAAGUUGAUGUGGAAUCUCAAUCUGAAGCUCUUUCUGAGGAUACUGAGGCUAAAUUGUCAGAGAAGGUGAACUUAGGGUUUCCUGUAUCAGAAGGCCUUGGUCGCUUGCAGAUAAUUAAGAACAGUGACCUGGAAGAGUUACGAGAGCUCGGUUCUGGGACAUAUGGCACUGUUUACCAUGGAAAAUGGAGGGGAACAGAUGUUGCCAUUAAGCGUAUCAAUGAUCGAUGCUUUACUGGAAAGCCUUCGGAGCAAGAACGAAUGAGAUACGACUUCUGGAACGAGGCUAUCAAGCUUGCUGACUUGCACCAUCCCAACGUAGUAGCCUUUUAUGGUGUUGUGCUUGAUGGGCCAGGUGGUUCUAUCGCAACAGUGACAGAAUACAUGGUUAAUGGGUCCUUGAGGAACGCUUUGCAGAAGAGUGAGAGGAAUCUUGACAAGAGGAAGAGACUAGUGAUAGCGAUGGAUGUGGCCUUUGGUAUGGAAUACUUGCAUGGAAAGAAUAUCGUGCAUUUUGAUUUGAAAAGUGAUAAUCUGCUAGUGAAUCUCCGAGAUCCCCAUCGACCCAUUUGCAAGGUUGGUGAUCUCGGGUUGUCUAAGGUAAAGUGUCAGACUCUGAUAUCAGGCGGGGUGCGGGGAACACUUCCAUGGAUGGCUCCGGAGCUCUUAAAUGGCAGCAGCAGCCUCGUUUCCGAGAAGGUUGAUGUGUUCUCAUUUGGCAUUGUGAUGUGGGAACUGCUCACGGGGGAAGAGCCAUAUGCGGAUUUGCAUUAUGGGGCUAUUAUAGGGGGCAUUGUGAGCAAUACAUUGAGACCGCCAGUACCAGAAUCUUGCGACCUCGAUUGGAGAUCACUGAUGGAGAGAUGCUGGUCUGCGGAGCCAUCAGAGAGACCCACUUUCACAGAGAUCGCUAACGAACUGAGAUCCAUGUCCGCGAAAAUCCCUUCGAAGCCGCAGAAUCACCAAUAGAUGGAUCCUACGCUACAAAUGGUAUAUAUGUAGUGCAAACAUCUUCUAUCCCAAAUAUAUGCUGGAAUAUGUGAAGUUUUCGGGUUUCCUCUUGUUCGAGAAUAUUAUGUCUGGGCCUAUGGGCGAUUAGAUAUCGUGGUCCGUGUUCAUGCUUCUGUGCCAUCCUGGUCCCGGGAUUAGGCUGUGUUCUUUCGAACAGGGUUUUUUCUUGUUUUUCCAUUGGGGGCAAUACAAAGGUUCUUUUGUUUUUUCUUGAAGGAUGCGGUCUGGUGAUCCUUGUGA